CUCCAUCAAAGAUGGCGGGUCUUAGCGCCCCGUAUCCCACUCUCGUGGUAUUUUUACUUGUGUUUUGGCUAAACACAUCGCCGACACAAGCCACAGCAGAUUUUAACGAACGCGAUGUCUGAAGUGAUGUCACUGGAAUUUCUAGCCGGAAGGUUGGGCGAAGGUGCUCCCAGCCUUACUUCCGGCGACGGGGCAGCGCGGUUGCCAUGGGAACGGGGCUGGGCCCGGGUCGGCCUGGAGACAUUGAGGGCGAUCGCGGACUCAGCGCAGAGCGUUGGCUGCGCCGGCGGCUGGCUGGGGAGCUGGAAUUAGAAUGGCCAUCAGUCCAGGAAGUGAUGCGACUUUCUCCAGUCAGAGGUCAGAUAUUUCUGAAGGUGCACGAACAAAGAAAUGUCUGCCUACUGAAGAGGAGAUAUUUUAUAUGAAUUGUAGAGCUGCCUACUUAACUGUUUUCAAGAGCAGUUUAGAAAACAUUAUUUCUAAAGAUCAACUUUACUUGGCUCUUCAGCAUGCAGGAAGAAAUCCAUCCCGAAAGACCAUUAAUAAAUAUUGGACUCCUCAAACUGCCAAACUGAAUUUUGAUGAUUUUUGUAUAAUCUUAAAGAAGGAAAAGCCUACUUCAAAAGCAGAACUGCUGAAAUCAUUUAAGCAAUUAGAUGUAAAUGAUGAUGGUUCUAUUUUACACAGUGAUCUUUAUAAAUUUCUAACAAAGAGAGGUGAAAAAAUGACUCGAGAAGAAGUAAACGCCAUGAUUAACUUGGCUGGCGUGAAUGCUGAUGGGAGAUUUGACUACAUCAAGUUUUGUAAAUUAUAUAUGACAACCAGUGAGCAAUGUCUCAAAACUACUUUAGAAAAACUGGAGGUUGAUGGUAAACUGAGACGUCAACAGUUUGGAAGCCACACCAGAGGGUCCUCUGAAAAGGACCGGUCAUUACCACUUCCAAAACCAUCGCCUAGAAUCAUAAGAAAAACUGACCAGGAAACAUUCUCAGAUAAAGGUGACACCAGGAAUCAUUCACUGGGGACAACUAGAAAGUUCAAAACGUCUGUUUCCUUCACCAUUAUCAUGGGUGCUAACAGUAAUCGAAAUUCCAAGUUAACUGAGCCCAACUCAAUAAAGGAUUGGCAAUGUGCACAGUCCAGAGGCUGCUUUUUCUUGGAAGAAGACGGUGACAUAAUUAGCCAUCACUACAGGAUGCAGAUAGCUCAGAGGUCUGUGGUUUAUCUAACAAUCAAGCCACUAAAACUGAGUCAAGUUGAAGGAAAACCGUCACCUUGGCUGUCAGUUGAUACUGCUUUAUAUAUUCUCAAGGAAAAUGAAAGUCAAGCAGAUCUGCAGCUCAUAUGUUUUACUGAACUACGGAAUAGAGAAGUGUUUGGAUGGACUGGUGAACUAGGGCCUGGAGUUUACUGCUUAAUUCCUUCUACAACUGGCUGUUGGCUGAGGAAAGAAAUCAAACCCACAACAGAAGAAGCCCAGCUGGUGUGUAGAGAUGAAACAGGGGAAUUAUGUCUUACAAAAGAAUUUAGAUCAACCUUAUCAGAUAUAUUUGACAUAAUUGACUUAGAUGGAAAUGGUCUUCUUAGCCUGGAAGAAUAUAAUUUUUUUGAAUUGAGAACAAGUGGUGAGAAGUGUGAUGAAGAUGCCUGGGCUGUCUGCAAAGAGAAUUUUGAUACAAAGAAGAAUGAACUAACAAGACAGGGCUUUCUGGACCUGAAUCUGAUGGAAGCCAAUGACAGAGAAGGAGACCCCCGGGACCUUUGGGUAACUUUACACUCAAUGGGCUACAGCAAAGCCCUGGAACUGACAGAGGCAUGCCCAUUUGUCAUCGAUGUCUAUGCAGAUAAGUGCAGACCAAGAAUUAAGGCUGUCCAUAUGGAGGCAUGCAGUGGGCAACUUGAGAAGAUUAUUUGUAAAUCUGUCCUUAACAAAGGUGACACCAAAGUAAUGGAUGGUUAUGAAAAUAUAGUCAUACAUACUGAUAAGCGGGACACCUGGAUUACAUCUGUUAUCGAAAACAAGACAGAUAACAAAGUGAUUAUUCACGUCAACAAUGAACUAAGUAGAAACUGUAUAAACAACAGAGGACUCAACAUAUUUGCAGUGGAAGUGGCACCCAAGUCUACAAUGGUCUCUCAGCAUGUAAUGCCUCUGAAUGAAAGACAAGAAUGGAUAUAUUACUCUGUCUAUUCCCUGAUAUCUUAAAGCUUAUGUUUAGGAAUCGAUUUAUUUGAGACUGCCAAUUAAGAAGAAUUACAGCACAUUAAGUAUGUUACUUGUUAACCAACCAAAUGCUAAUAAAUUUUACUGUUAUACAUAAAUGAUAUUUAAUUUUUAUGCAUUUAUCUCUGUGCUAUAUACUUUGUUAUUAAAAUGUAGUGUUUUUAA